CCCGAGUUAUUUCACAAGACCGCUAACAUGAUUCUGAUCCCGAUGUAUGGUCACAUGACCACGUUAGAUCAGAUUCUUCAUAUGGAUCGGCAUUCAAAACUUCUAAAGGGGGGAGGGACCGCAAUGCCACCGAACUACCCGGAGAUGGUACAUACACUAUCCUGCAGCAGGAACCACAAUAUCAUAAUUUGAAGGAGUGCGGCACCUUUUCGAGGUCUGAUAUCAUACUUCCAGUUUUAACAACCACUUCCAUUUUGUUCAUGUAUGAAUCUACCCAUUUUUCUUGGACAACUAGGGGUCCACCUAGGAGGAAUUUCAUCAUAGCUAUCAAUGUUUUUUUGAUCUUUUAUGGACCUCUCCACAUGCCGACUCGAGGGGGAAAUGGGCUCCCCGACCCCAUAUAGUCCCUUUCUCCAUCUCAUAAAUGAAAUUUUAAUCAGAACAACUUGACAAUCCACACAAAAGUGUUUUUCCUUUUCUUUACGCAAAUAUGGGCUUACUAAGUCAUACGGGUUUCCUCGGGAACACAGUGCGAGGUAAGGCUCUCGAGACUCUUGUCUGCGCAACUGCUGCAAGUGGUUUCUUACUCUUCGGAUAUGAUCGUAUGUAUCCCCAGUCCAUACCAGAGAGUCAAACUAAUCGAUGUGUUCAGAGGGUAUCAUGUCCGGAAUCAUCACAGAAGAUAAUUUCCUCACAUACUUUCCCCAAAUGGAACCACACAACAAAUCGGGUGCAAUUCAAGCUUUGGUUGUUGCCAUCUACGAAAUCGGUUGUUUAUUCGGAUCAUUCUUUAUUAUUGGAUUUGGUGAUAAACUCGGAAGAAGAAGAGCUGUGUUAUUGGGAACUGUUAUCAUGUUGAUUGGUACUGCGAUACAAGCUUCGAGUUUCGGGAUGGCUCAAUUAAUAGUUGGAAGAAUUGUUACGGGUGUGGGUAACGGAAUGAACACUUCAUCAAUUCCCGUUUGGCAGAGUGAGAUGGCUCCACCUAAGAUUCGAGGAUUCUUGGUUUUGUUCGAAGGUGCUUUGAUCGCUGGAGGCAGUAAGUAUUAAUCAUCCCUGCUCUCACAAACUUACUCUAACCAAUCAUAGUUAUGUUAUCGUACUGGCUCAACUAUGGAUUUUUCUUCAUCACCCAAUAUGGUUCCUUUCAAUGGCGCUUUCCGAUCGCUUUCCAGGCAUUCUUCGGAGCUGUCCUCCUUGUCGGUGUCCUCGCAUUACCAGAAUCACCUAAAUGGCUUCUCAAAAAAGAUAAAGAUGAACACGCCAUCGAAAUUCUUUGCCGUCUACAAAAAUGCGAGAGAGAUGACCCACGUAUCAUGGAAGAAGUCAGAGAACUUAAGAGGGUUACCGCUAUUACCAAAGGUCAAAAGCUCACACUUAAGGAAUUUUAUGGAAAUGGUCCUGAGAUGAAUAGAUGGAGAGUUACCAUUGCAUAUACUUCCCAGCUUUUCCAACAGAUUGGAGGUACCAAUCUUGUUACAUACUAUGCAACGUAAGUUCUAACGUUCACAUUGUUCCCAAACAUUCACGAAUGUACUAAUGCCGUAUUGCAGAACUGUCUUCGAAGAUUCCCUCGGCUUCUCUCCCUCCCUGGCCCGUCUCCUCACUGCCUGCUACGGAACUCUCUACCUCGCUGCCGCCAUUCUCGCCCUGUUCAUUGUCGACCGCUUUGGCCGUCGUAAAAUGAUGAUUAUCGGUGCUCUAGGAAUGGGUCUUUCAUCCAUGGUCAUCGGAGUCUGUCUUUCACAAACAACAGAAGAUUAUAAAGCUCCUGGCUACGUUGCUACCGCGUUUAUCUUCAUCUUCAUUGCCUUCUUCGCAUUAGGAUGGUUAGGAAUAACAUGGCUCUACCCAGCUGAGGUGACACCACUCCGAAUCAGAGCUGAAGCAAACGGUCUCUCGACUUCAUUUAACUGGAUCGGUAAUUACAUUGUUGUUCAGUUGGCUCCAAUUAUGAUUUACAGCAUCAGCUGGAAGACAUACUUCGUAUUCAUGUGUGUCAAUCUCGCAUUCGUACCAGUUAUUUGGUACACGUUCGUCGAGACAAAAGGAUACCCACUUGAAAAGCUUGACGAGAUUUUCGAGGAAGCAUAUGAAAGAGGAGAAAAUCCAGUCUGGACCGAAAGAAGAAUUAGAAAAAAUGCAAAAGCAUUACUAAAUGGUGGAAAGCACGCCGAAGAAGGUACUGGCAGCGGCACAGAUAUCGGAGGCGAGGAAAAGCUCAGAAGAGAAAGCAGAAAUGAGGACAUAUUUGUCAAUUCAGGACAUCUGCAUCGUCAUGUUCAUGGUGAACACAGUGGAAGAACAAGUGGAGAUGAUACACUCAUUGAGCAGAGAGAGAAGAUAGAGGAGGAGAUUGAUAGAACGGAUAGAUUUCCUUUUGAGGGUAACUAGUGUUCGGUGCUUUUCGUCGGAAAUGACUGUUGAUCGCAGUUCAUAAAAUUGGGAAAUGUUGGGCGCUUGGCGCUCGUGUGUAUAAUAUUUGGUGAUAUGGGAAGGUCUGUGUUUAUUUUUAUUUUUUCUGUUUAUGAUAUCCACGGUAGAUGUAACGAGGUUAUAUUUGGAUGAUAUUUGGAUGAUACAUGUAUUAAAUU